AUGGAGUGGAAAAAGGGAAAAGCCAUGGUUCACAUUGGUCGUACGGUUCGUUCUCGCUUUGCACAAACUCGAGGGAAAAGAUCAGAAGGUCUUUUAGUAAGAUCAACAAUCACCAACCCUUCGCAUGUCAGUAACGAAGACGAGGAAGAUAUUGUUAGCUACUCGCUUGGCAAGCAGAAUCGCUGGCUUCUUCCCGAGGUGAUUAAGACAAAUUCUGCUGAAUUCGAAGGUGAAGUUGUGUUGAUAGAGCGUUGUAGUGAAAACAACAAAACUCGUCGCCAAGGCACCCUCUCUGUUUUUAACUCCAAAAAGAAUGACUCCACAAACGACGCAAGCAAAAAAGCCAAACGAAAACGCACACGGUGUAAACAAUCUCCCACGGUGGUCGAGGAAAACUCUUUGAAGACACAGUUUGAGGUGACCUACCCGAAUCCCUCGGGAUGGAUGUCAAAGAGUAACAAACGACCCGCGGUCCAUCAAGGAAAGAGGAAGAAAAAUACAUGCAAAAACUGGAUGUCUGAGGAUGAUUUUGAUGGCAAUAGUGACACUGAAUGCUGUUACAGCGAAGAUGAAAAUUGUUUCAGUGAGGAAAUUUUUGACAGGACAUCAAGCCGUCUGUUUGACUUUGACUUACUUGUAGAUUUGUCAACUCGGUCAGUUCAAUCAAAUGCAAGGAAGAAUGCAACAAGUAGAACACUGCACAGAGAAAAGGAGUCAAAAUUGGCAGAGAGAUGCAUUUUUGUUGAUAGUGAUGAUGAGAUGCACAAAGAACAUCUUGAAAUCUUAUCGCAAAUGAAUGCUGGAUGCUCACUUUUUGAUGUCAGAAUUCAGAUGAAAAAUGCUGAUGUAACGAAAGGUCAAGUCCAAAAAAGACGCCAACGUAACCAGGGAACAAGAAGGCAAAAAGAAAACAAUAAUUCACCAGUCAGUGAAGAGGCAGUUGCACCAGUUAAUACCAUAGCUCCUCAUGAAGUUGAAGGUGUCUUCAUUAUGCUGAGGAAACAGGACAUUGUGCCAAUAGCCUUGAAGCAGCAUUGGGGGCAGAUGUACAAAGAAGGAGCUUGCCAUCCCAGAGCGUUUGUUCUGAAUGUGACACCACUAUUGUCCAUCCAUAACAGUAAAGAUGUUUUUAUUGUCUUCAGAGUCUUUGAAGAGCAAUGUCUUACACUUCAUUCCAGUGAAGCUAAAGCCGUUGUUACCAUAGUUGUUUGUAAUGAUGAUGCUUGUUCCACCAGAAUUCCAAAGGAGUUUGCUACCAAUAUUGAAGCUAAAAGUGCAGAUCAAAAAUUCUGGACCCUGGAGGACAUUGUCAGUGUUGCAUCAAUUUGUUUCUGCUCAGAUGCAAUAAGUUGCUCCAAAGAAGGAAUGCACAUCAGGGAGCCAGGACAACCCAGGAUGUCUUUAGAUGUGUUUUCCGACCUGUUUGGGUGGAAGUCUAAGACCUUCUCAGCACAGGGUGCAAAGCAAGAGAUCAAAGAAUCAAUCCCCAUGGCUAAAGACUUAAACACAGCAUCUUCAUUGGUGGCUUCAGGUGGUCAAGAGCAGUGGCUAGAAUGUGAGAUAUGUUUCAAGGAAACACAGGAUUUGGGAAUCGGUGAGGGAAAAAUAAUUUAUUGAGUAUAUGUCAGAGUGACACAGUAUGUAUUGCAACAAUGUUAUAAGCGCAAUUAAUUGUGCAGAUGCAUUGUGUAUUGUUACAGGUCAAAAUUAAAUUCAGGUUAAGAGUUUUUAACCUACAGUGUAGGUUGAUUCUCAAUUUCCUUUGUCUCCUAGCCCUAAUUCAUUAAUAUUUAGGGCUUAGGAUAGGAGGCAAAGGAAAUAGAGAACCAACCUACACUAGGUUUAAAAAUCUUAACCUGAACUUAAUUUUGACCUAUGACAUAUAUGCCUGACAAAAUGUUGUAGAUCAUUUUGUUAUGGCAAAUUAGGCAAGAAUACACAUGUAUAAUUUAUACCAUUCAUGCACAUAUCAGCAAUUUGCAUCUGUGGACAGUGUGUUGCUUGUGCUUAUGCUUGCGCUGGCUUGGUAAUUUUUACUUGAAGGUCCCUCUCUCGCUGUCCUGGCAGGGUGUGGGGGGAUGCAAUCUAUUCUAUUGUGAGCCAAGAAGCUGAUGCGUUUAUUCUCAGGUUAAAAAAUUGUGAAAGUUACUUGUACACGUAGUAAUUCACUUCUAUCAUCACAAUCUGUCAGUAACAGCUGAGUGUUCAGUUGUGAUGAGAAUGAGUUUAGAUCUGACGGGAAAGAGUCCCCUUAACUAAUCAGGGACACCUAAAAUUUAAUUGUCUUAAAGCUCUAAUAAUGAAUCUUGAGUUAAUUGAAUCUUCAUCUAAAAUUUAUGGUGGAUAAUAGACCUUUUGAGUUUGUAUGUUUUGUUUUCCCAAUUCAGACUACGUGAUGUUCUCAAGAAGGGAAUCUGCUGUUUGUCUUUUCAUAUAUAUUAGUCAUGCAUCUGGAUGCAUGGCACAAAAUUUGAAAGAAAGAAUUCUCUAGGGUAACAUCAUGUGGUCUGCAAUGGGAAAAGAAAACUUAUGAGCUAAAAAGGUCUAUUAUUUACACUGCUGUCAUUGUUAAUUUUUACUUUAUAUAAUGACACUGAAUGAGUUCUAUGUGGAACGUAACUUACAAUGUAGCAUUAACAAGAUCUAUUGCUCAUUAAAAUUUGUAGGAUUUGAUGUGAAUAACUCAUUCACAUCGUUAAGAGGUUGUGGUCACAAGUUCUGUGAUGACUGUUGGAGAGCUCACUUGAAGACCCAGAUUCAGCUUGGUCGCACAGAUCUGAGGUGCCCUGGGCAUGACUGUACUGUUGCAGUGGACGAUGUCACCCUGAUGUCACUUGUGCCGUCAUGGUAUGGCAGGCAUCUAACAAAGAGGCUGGAUACAUUUCUGGAGAUUGACCCUAAAUGGAAGUGGUGUCCUGCUGACCAAUGCAAUUUAGUUGUCAAGGCAACAAUUCCACAGAGUCCCUCAUCAGUGUCUGAUGAGCGUGAAAAUGGUCCCCAGCCAGUGCCGGUGGCUUGUGUGUGUGGUAGCAUGUGGUGCUUCAUGUGUCAGGAAGAUGCCCACUGGCCAGCGACCUGUGAGGAGGCUAGAGUGUUCAGAGAGAAGAAUGCGUCUUAUGCUCGUUUAACAACUUCUAAGGAGAGAAAGCUGGUCACAAACGUUCAAGUGAAGCAUUGCCCCUUUUGCCACUACCCUAUAGAGAAGGGAACCGGAUGCAAUCACAUGAGAUGCGUUAUGUGCUUUAAAGAGUUCUGCUGGGCAUGUCUGGAGAAGUGGUCUGAUUAUGGUCAUGUUUGCAAAAAGUUAGUGAAUCUGCGCACAGUUACUCUGCCAUCAAAACUAGUUCAUGUGAUGAGUUACAAGCUUGUUGCGGUUACAAGCAGAGUUGCUAGGACAUCAUUUCUGAUAUGCAGAGUCCAUCGGAAGCUGGAUAAGAUUAGGAAAGAACUGAACGUUUAUGCAAAAUGUUUCCCUCUGAAGCCAGGUUCAAGUCGCACUGAGAAGAGAUUGAACCAGCUGUGUGAAAAUAAUUCCAUCCACGAAUUAAAAGAAGUGUUUAAUUUCAAAUUCCAAGCCCUGUUAGUUCUGGAAGGCACAGCAAUGAGGCUGUCAUUUGCUAAGGACACUUCUUGCAGCAAGAAGCUGGCCGUGGCGUUUGGUAGACUGUUUUUCAUUGUGGAAAGGAUGGAUGAGAUCCUCAAAGAUUUCAACAGUUGUCUUAAAGAUAAGGACUGCCUCUUCAAGCUUAAACAUUUUGUCAAGUGUGGCAAGAGGUGUAUUCAUUUAAUUGGCCAUAAUACAGCAGCUAAUGUUGAAAAUUUUAAAGUCUAA